AUGGAAAGACUUAAUCAAUUGAAAAACCAUAUCGUAUCUCCUAAAGCACAAGUUACUACUCAAAAAGAUGAUGAUGUUGUCAUUGUUGCAGCUUAUAGAACGGCUAUAGGUAAAGGUUUUAAAGGUUCUUUUAAAGAUACUCAAUCUGAUGAAUUAUUACAAAAAUUCCUUGUACAAUUCUUUAACAAGGUUAAUAUUGAUCCUUCUUUAAUUGAAGAUGUUGCUUGUGGUAAUGUUUUAAAUAUCGGUGCUGGUGCUACUGAACAUCGUGCUGCUUGUUUAGCCGCUGGGAUUCCUGAUACCGCUGGGUUUUUAGCAAUCAAUAGACAGUGUUCUUCAUCAUUAACCGCUGUUAAUGAUAUUGCUAAUAAGAUUAAAGUUGGUCAAAUUAAAGUAGGGUUAGCUUUAGGUUCAGAAUCAAUGUCUAGAAAUUAUGGACCAAAAUUAUUAGGUACAAUUUCAAAAUCAAUUUUAUUAAAUGAAGAAGGUAAAAAAUGUGGUAUUCCAAUGGGUAUUACAAAUGAAAAUAUCUCAUCAAAUUUCCAAAUUACAAGAGAAACUCAAGAUGAAUUUGCUGCAAAUUCUUACAUUAAGGCUGAAAAGGCUUCAAGUUCUGGAUUAUUUCAAAAUGAAAUUUUACCAAUUGAAGUUGAAAUUAAAUUACCACAAUCUGAAGAAGAUGAAGAAGAUGAAAAACCUCCACAAACUAAAAAAGUCACUGUAUCAAAAGAUGAAGGUCCAAGAUCCGGUGUUACACCUCAAUCUUUAAGUAAAAUUAAACCUGCUUUCAAGAAGAAUGGUACAACACAUGCUGGUAAUGCCUCACAAGUUUCUGAUGGUGCUGCAGGUGUAUUAUUAAUGAGACGUGAUGUUGCUAAAGACUUGGGAUUACCAAUCUUAGGUAAAUAUAUAAAUUUCAAAUGUGUUGGUGUUCCACCAGAAAUUAUGGGUGUUGGUCCAGCUUAUGCUAUACCUGCUGUUCUUUCAGCUGCAGGAUUAUCUGUUGAUGAUAUUGAUAUUUUUGAAAUUAAUGAAGCAUUUGCAGGUCAAGCUUUAUAUUCUAUUCAUAAAGUUGGUAUUGAUAUUAAUAAAGUUAAUCCAAGAGGUGGUGCUAUUGCAUUAGGACAUCCUUUAGCCACUACAGGGGCAAGACAAGUUGCUACUUUAUUUAGAGAAUUAGAAAAAGGUCAAAUUGGGGUUACAAGUAUGUGUAUUGGUACAGGUAUGGGUGCAGCUGCAAUUUUCGUUAAAGAAUAG